AUGGCUGAAAAUUAUGAUAUUGUCGUCAUUGGGGCAGGUCCAACAGGCCUGAUGUUUACAGCGUGCAUGUUGCGCCUGGGUAAAUAUAAGAUCAAACACAUCGAUGAUCGAGCCGAGCCCACAAAAACCGGCCGCGCAGAUGGUAUUCAGCCGCGGACUCUGGAUAUAUUGCAAAACUUGGGAUUGAAACGAAAUAUUAUGUCUGAGAAUCCUGGUAGAAUAUAUGAAACCGCAUUCUGGAACCCAAUGGGCCAAAGCCAGGAGUCGAUCGAGAGAACGAGCACAUGGAGGAGCUUCCCAGAAUCGAUUGAUACAAGGUAUCCAUUCUCCACUAUACUGCACCAGGGGCGCAUUGAGAGCAUCUUUCUAGAUGAUCUUAAGCAAAAGGGGCUGAAGGUUGAUCGACCAUGGUCGAUUGACAGCUUUGGGGAUAGCAAGGAUACACAAUAUCCCAUUGAGGUGCGGUUGGUUGAUGCCCAUGGAACACAACGUUCCAGCAUCAAAACCAAGUAUAUCUUUGGUGCCGAUGGAGCAAGAAGCAUGGUCCGUGAGAAACUUGGGAUUGAAAUGAAGGAAAGACCCUCUCCUCAGCAAAUGUGGAGUGUGAUCGAUGGUGUCGUCAAGACAAAUUUCCCAGACAUACUGAUGAAAUGUACCGUGCAUUCUUCCAGUGGUUCAGCGAUGAUCAUUCCUCAUGGGCAAAAUGUAGUGAGAAUUUACGUUCAAAUUUUCCCGCCUCUUGAAGAGCCGCGUAUGUCAUCUACCGUGACUCAAAUCAAGCAAGCAGCCCAGCAGAUCUUUAGACCUUACUGGAUGGAAUGGGAAAGAGUGGACUGGUAUUCGUCUUACCAUAUUGGCCAAGCAGUAGCCAGCAAAUACUCCAUGAAUGAGCAAAUCUUCAUUGGUGGCGAUGCAUGCCACACCCACAGUCCCAAAGCUGGCCAGGGGAUGAAUUAUGGAAUGGCAGAUGCCCAUAACUUGGCGUGGAAACUACACCUUGUGGAGUGUGCCUUUCUCGACCGACGCAUACUACAAACCUAUGAGGGAGAGCGCAAAUUAGUCGCAAAUGCGCUGAUCAAUUUUGAUGCCGGGUAUGCAGAUCUCUUUUGUGAGCAGUCUCCAUGCUCGAACGGAGAAGAAAAAAGCGAAUUAAAUAAUCGAAGGAUGGAUUUUAUCAACAAACACAAAUCUACCCUGACUCUUGUUAGUGGAUACGGUGUCCGCUAUCCAAACAACAUCUUGAACUGGGGACCCAGAUAUCCUGAAAAUUCGACUAUGUCCGUGUUCAGUCCACCAGGAAUCAAACUCGCACCGGGAUCUAUUUUCCCUCAUGCAACAGUGACACGCGUCAUUGAUGCGCAUGUCACUUACCUUGAGCAAGAUAUCCCCUUCAAUGGCAGCUAUCGUAUCUACAUUUUUGCUGGAGAACCAGCUCGAACACGACAAGCGAUGCUAGAUUUCGCUCGGGGAUUUGAAGAAUCCCCGUUUUUCUCGCGAUUUCGACAUCCAGCCAUUGACGCUUCAUUUGAUGGCCGGCAUAAUCCUCACUCUCCGUUCUUCUCUUUCUGUAUUGUUUUCAAUGCCUUCAGAGAAUCUAUUGACAUUUCAACGGCGCUUCCAGAGUUUUUUUCUCAGUGCAGAUAUCAUGUCUACGCGGACGAUGAACUGUAUGGAAAAUACUCUGCGUUGAAAGGCUCUGUGCAUGCUAAGAUGGGGGUUGACCCGCAGCUUGGAGGAUUGGUGGUUGUGCGCCCAGAUGGCUACGUUGGUUGUACUUUGUCAUUGAUGGAAGGGUCCGCAAUCAGUCGAGGACUUGCAGAGUACUUCCAAGAAGGGGCGGGCGAAUAA